CAGAGUUUGACCGCAGGGCUGCUUCAACUUCAGUGUCAAUCAACUUUUUUUCCUCCUCUUCCUCAUUUAAAUAAGUUUAAAGCUCCUCCUCCCCCUCCGGCCCACCAAAUCUGAAACUUAUAUAAAUUGGGCUUCGCGCGCCGCAGCCCGGGAGAGUCAGAAAGGCGAGGGGCGCCGGGAGCAGGCGUGUGGGACUCCAGACCGGAGAGCCGGAGGCUGCGCCUUCCCCGCACCGGGACCUUCACGGCACACCAGAUCCUUGUCCCUGCCCCGUGCGAGCGCCCAGGAUGACCACCACCCUCGUGUCUGCCACCAUCUUCGACUUGAGCGAAGUUUUAUGCAAGGGUAACAAGAUGCUCAACUACAGUCCUCCCGGUGCCGGGGGCUGCCUGCUGGACAGGAAGGCGGUGGGCACCCCUGCCGGUGGGGGCUUCCCCCGAAGGCACUCGGUCACCCUGCCCAGCUCCAAGUUCCACCAGAACCAGCUCCUCAGCAGCCUCAAGGGCGAGCCAGCUCCAGCUCUGAGCUCUCGGGACAGCCGCUUCCGAGACCGCUCCUUCUCAGAAGGGGGCGAGCGGCUGCUGCCCACCCAGAAGCAGCCGGGGAGCGGCCAGGUCAACUCCAGCCGCUACAAGACGGAGCUGUGCCGUCCCUUCGAGGAGAACGGAGCCUGUAAGUACGGCGACAAGUGCCAGUUCGCGCACGGCAUCCACGAGCUCCGAAGCCUGACCCGCCACCCCAAGUACAAGACGGAGCUGUGCCGUACCUUCCACACCAUCGGCUUCUGCCCGUAUGGGCCCCGCUGCCACUUCAUCCACAACGCUGAGGAGCGCCGUGCCCUGGCCGGGGCCCGGGACCUCUCUGCUGACCGUCCCCGCCUCCAGCAUAGCUUUAGCUUUGCUGGGUUUCCCAGUGCCGCUGCCACCGCCGCUGCCACGGGGCUGCUGGACAGCCCCACGUCCAUCACCCCACCCCCCAUCCUGAGCGCCGAUGACCUCCUGGGCUCGCCCACCCUGCCCGAUGGCACCAAUAACCCCUUCGCCUUCUCCAGUCAGGAGCUGGCGAGCCUCUUUGCCCCUAGCAUGGGGCUGCCCGGGGGUGGCUCCCCAACCACCUUCCUCUUUCGGCCCAUGUCUGAGUCCCCUCACAUGUUUGACUCUCCCCCCAGCCCUCAGGAUUCUCUCUCGGACCAGGAGGGCUACCUGAGCAGCUCCAGCAGCAGCCACAGUGGCUCAGACUCCCCCACUUUGGACAACUCAAGACGCCUGCCCAUUUUCAGCAGACUUUCCAUCUCAGAUGACUAAACCAGGGUAGAGAGGGCCGCCCCCCACCUAUCCACCCCCCGCCCCGACCCCGCACCCACAUCCCCUACCCUUCCCUCCCUACCCAUCGAUUCCCGACAAACCCCUACAUUAACAAGGUUAAGCUCAACCCCUUUCCCCCAGGACCUUGGAAUGCCCCCUCCCUCCCCCCUCUUUAAAUGCCCCUCCCCCCCAACAUAAGGACAAGUCAAUUUGUCAAUAGCUUCUUCUGGCUAGAACCCCCCCCACCUCAAUUUUAUAGCCCACUUACCAUGCAUAACAGACAAGUCCCAUAUUUGUCAGUAGAUGCGUUUUUUUUCCAGCUUAAGCCUUAAGUGCCAAAUCACAAAAGAAAAAGCAGUAACGGUUUACAGAAGCAACUUAGUGCCUUGUGAUCUAACUUUGUCACUGUGACUACAUUACCUCUUCAGCGCCAGAGGGCACCCGUGGGCCUCCCUGAGCCUCUGCCCAGGGGGAGGGGGAGGGGGAGGGGGAGGGGGGACUUAGAAGAACCAGCAGCUCCCUCCACUGGCAACACAACUGCACCUUUCCUGAUUCCAGUCUCCCACACACUUCCUUCUCCCCUCUCCCCAGUAACCCCCACCCCCCGCCCCCGCCUUGGGAGAGUUGUUGCCAGACUUGGGUUUUUGGGGAAACCUAGCUUGACAUUCAAAACCUUUUUCUUCCCGACCUGAACCUCUGUUGACUAAUCUUGCCUGGGUUCGUGUAGGUCUGCAGGAAGGAAGACUGCAAAAG